UUAGAAUGAAAAUCACUAAAAUGUGUCAGUAAUGUCAAUUACGAAAUUUUAAACCAAUUAAAAUAGAUUUUAAUGGACAUAAAAUGCAAUAUUGUUGCGUAACAUGAUUCAGGUUACUUGGAAGAUUAAACAUUUGCUCGUAUUGGUGGCGUCUCUUUCUAUUCUAUUGUUGAUUUUUAUUAAGUAUAAUCGGCAAAAGUCGGCCGAAAAUGUAUACAAUUUACACUUAUAUCAAGACCAGCUCGAGUACAACAAGAACCUUCUUAAAGAAGCCUCUGAAAGAAUACAAGAAUUGGAAAAUAAAAUCUUAGCUCUUGAGUCAAGGGUACCCAGAACGUACCCCGAAGUAAAGUUCCUAAACUACCUCUCGAGAAAACGUAUUUUGAUAACUGGCGGUGCCGGUUUUGUGGGGUCACACCUUGUAGAUAGAUUAAUGCUCCAAGGUCAUGAAGUCAUAGUCGCUGAUAAUUUUUUCACGGGGCGGAAACGCAACGUUGAACAUUGGAUAGGUCAUGAGAAUUUCGAAUUAAUUCAUCAUGACAUAGUGAAUCCUUUAUUUAUUGAAGUUGACGAGAUUUAUCAUCUCGCGAGCCCCGCUAGUCCUCCCCAUUACAUGUAUAACCCCGUCAAAACGAUUAAAACUAACACCUUGGGUACAAUAAAUAUGUUAGGCCUUGCUAGAAGACUGAACGCCAAAAUCCUAAUCGCCAGCACUUCAGAAGUGUAUGGAGACCCAGACAUUCAUCCCCAACCUGAAACGUACUGGGGACACGUCAAUCCAAUAGGCCCUCGUGCAUGUUACGACGAGGGUAAAAGAGUCUCAGAGACUUUAACUUAUGCUUAUGCCAAACAGGAAAACAUGCAAGUCCGGGUCGCCCGCAUCUUCAACACUUAUGGCCCCCGAAUGCACAUGAAUGACGGGAGAGUCGUCUCUAAUUUCAUUCUCCAAGCGCUACAAAAUGACGUAAUUACGAUUUACGGGUCUGGGGAACAAACUCGAUCGUUUCAGUACAUUUCCGAUUUAGUCGACGGGUUGGUAACACUGAUGAAUAGUAACUAUACUCUCCCAGUGAACUUGGGGAAUCCCGUAGAACAUUCAAUUAAUGAAUUUGCGUCAAUCAUUAAAGAUUUAGUGGGCGGUCGAAGCAAAAUCAAUCAUUUGGCGGAGGUGGAGGACGAUCCGCAGCGACGCAGGCCAGACAUCACCCGCGCGAAAAAAUACCUAAACUGGGAGCCAAAAGUGGAUCUCAACACCGGCCUCCAAAAGACUGUUGACUAUUUUAGACAAGAAUUGCACCGGUUUAAGCACUCACAAAGGAAUAAGUUUUUACCUAAAUUGUGAUAAUUAUAGUUUUUAAUUGUUUUAAUAAAAAUUUUAAAAUUAUGGGGAUUUUUUCGCGUG